AUGCCUUCAAGCUCGCCUGUUAUGGACGAUGACGACUCCACUGUCGAUAUGAUUGAUGAGGAAGAAGAUCAUCAUCCUUCUUCCGUUCAAUCAAAAGCACAACAUACAUCUAAAAAUUCAUCUGCAUCAUCAUCACAUUCCGAAACACUUGCUCGGGAUGUAAAGGAAUUGAUGAAGAUUGCGAAAGGCUUGUUAGAGUUGAAACAAAAAAUCCCUUCGGGAUCCAAUCUAACCAAUCAGCAUGUAGCAAAAUUGUACAAAUAUUUGGACGAUAACAAACUGAACAAGUCUUUGAAAGAACUCAAACUCAUUCUCUCCCAAUAUAUGGCAAAAUCUGAUUUUGAUUCCUUGUUCAGUUUCGUACAGACAUAUUUCUUGGCUUGUAGAAAUUUGAAUGAUUCCGAAGCAUCGUAUCAUUUGAAUGGCUCUUCUGGAGGAUCUUCCAGUUCUGGCUCUUCGUUUUCUUCUGAUAUUGAAAAAUUAGCUCGUGAACGAACAUUUAUUUUGAAAUGUUUGGUGAGUUGGAUGUUUGAAGGAAGAAUUGAAGGAAGAGUUGCAAAGAAUGGGCUUUUUAUCAUUUAUGAAGAACUGGACUAUAUACCUGAUAACAUGCUGAUUUCACUCAUUCAAGUAAUUUACAAAUUAUUCAAGGAUGGCUCCUGUGCAUUUGACGAAUUUUCUCCUGUGAAUGGAUCCCACAAUUUUGACAAUGUUGUUGAGAAUAGUGCAGGACUCGUACUGGAUGUAUGGUCCCAAUGCAUUUCUACAGUCAUGUCAAAAGAUGAAAUUGAAAUCAAUGCAAAAUCAAAGAAAAAGAAAAAAACAGACGAGUACAAGACGACCGUCAUCAAGGACAUUUGUUCUUGCGAUUGGUCUCAAAAGGUACUUGCCUUUGCCAAUGCUUUCAAAGAUAUGCCAUUAACGGAAGUAGAGUUGGAUAUUGUAUUGGACAAGUUACUAUGCUAUCUUCAAAAAAUGAAUCUCAACGAUUCAGCUCCUCUCAUCUAUCAAUUGCUACUACUCUCCUCAAGAGGAAAGAAACAAAAAAUCUUGCAAGGCAUUAUUUCAUAUUUUGACAGUAUCGAAAAAGAAAAGAGAAGAAAUUCACUUGGUUACAACGAAGAUUCUAUUCUCAAUUUAGAGGGAACUGUUCUGCAUUUCAUAGAUUAUGCCACUAAACAAAAUCAAGAUUUAGCCUCUGAAAUGUUGAAGCUUAUCAAGAAUGAGCCAAGUUCAGCUCUUAAUACUUUCAAAGUCUCAUUUCUGUUGAUUAUUUCAAGUUUGACAAAUUUCGAAGAAAAAACAUUCAAGCUGUUAAAGUCACUGGUUGAGGAAGACUACAGACAUUCUUCAAAGUCUCGAAUUUUCAUUACAGAAGAGGAACAAACGUCAUUAACAAUCAGUGCUACCUCAAGCAAAGUCAUUAUGGACACCGUCAAAAAGUGUGGAAGAGGGCGAGAUUUUAUGGUGAAAUCUGUAGUUGAUUUUGCAUGCUAUUUACUGGACUCAAAAAAACCAAAGACCGAAGAUGCUACGGCGGUAACAUUAAGUACUCAAGCAUUGCAUCCUCACUCGCUAGGUUUAGAAAUUUUGGGCAAAAUUUUCGAGAUCAAUCAUGUAGUUCGAUCAGACAUCCUAUCGAGGAUAUUCAAUCGUGUGGUGACAAAUUAUGGUAAUAUUGAAAAGUAUAUCGAAUUAUUGACAAGCCUUGCUUUGAACCAAACAUCGUGCCUCUUGGAUCAUAUUUCCAAGCUGAAGGAGACCAUUGAGUAUCUUUCUACCAUGCCAACGGACAUUGCUAAAGCUCUCCUCGCUGCAGUACAGCCACUCUAUAAGACCAGUCAAGAAUUUCAGGAUCAAGUAGUUCUCGUUCUUCGAAAAUCCAUGUACAAUCGAGAGUUGGAUUCUAGACAAGUGGCUCUAAGCGGUUUUUUACAAAUUUUACUUUCUUAUGGUGAAUUAGAUGAUGUGAGCUCUCAUAGAAAUGUAGGAAGUAGCAGCAGCAGUAGUAGUAGUAGCAGCUCCAAUCAUUCAAAACCAAGCUCUGUAGAUUUGGAAAUUAUUGGUUUUUUACGAAGAUGUCUCAGUAUGCAAACACCUAUAAGACAAGCACUCUACCGUGGCCUUUCUCGUGUUGUACAGAAAAAACCUUACGUUCUGAAAGAGAUAUGUCCAGUGGCUAUUGAUCAAUUUAAAAAGUACGUCUCCAUGAACGAUGACAAUGAAGUUGAUGGCUUCUUUUUAGAUAGCUGCAUUGAUUCAAAGACGAUGACCAUUAUUGAACCAAUACCUGAUUUAUUAAUGCUAAUUGCUGAUUGUUCGUCGCCAGAAGAUGGAGCUAUUUAUGAUAUUCUUCUUGGCUUCAUUCAGUUUUUCCUUCAUAAAGGACUUUCUGACUUUGGAAUUGAUUCUCCUUUUGAUGAUUCACACGAAGGUAGAAAGAAUAGGUUGAUAGCAACUCUUUACGUAGGCUGUAUUGAAUCUAUACUUUACUUUGCAAUAGUGAUUAUGGUUAAUGAUAAGGAUAACAACAAUUCAAUUCCAGAUAUAAUAGACCAAUGUUGGGAAAAGUAUUCAAAGGUGUUGGAGAAUUUAACCAAGAAGAGUGCUUCUAAAAAGAAAACAACUGAAAAAUUUGACUAUACAGAGUUCCUUCCUGAACUUAGUUCUAUAUUUUGUAAAAAUAUAUUGGAGGAAGCUGCAAGAAAAACUGAGAAAUCCAAAGAGAAGAAAGAUGAUCAUGCAUUGACAGAUAGCAAAUUUCACAUGUACAUUUUCAAACUGAUAACAAAGAAAAUCAAAAUGGCAAAAAAGGGACAACAGCCUCUUGAAGAUAAGGACAUGCUCGAUUUAUGCCGUUCUGUUUACUCGUUUUUGAUCAGAAUGUCAAACGUUGUUUCUAAAACCAGCAGCGAGAGUGAUUCAUCUAAAACCAAGGAAGCAGAAAAGAAAGAAAAAGUUACUGCUCUUGCUACUGAAUCCUUUGAGGAUUUAAUCAAAAUGAAAUUUCAGUCAAGCACCCAAAGAGAAGCUGUUAAAUUUUUAGAAGGAUUUAUCUCUGUUGGAAAAAACACUCCCCCUAUGGAGGAUGAUGAUCAACGAAUUUGUCAUUUCAUGAGAUUCUUACAAAAGAUAGCUACCAAUAUGAUUCAACAGAAGUCCUAUGUGACUGCAACAUGUUUCAUACGUCUUCUCACUACGCUGGCACAUUUAUUGCGAAACAAAACAAUGUUUUUGGAAAAGGAAGGUCACUAUCAGUGGAUUACUGAUAUAUGCAAAACGAAAGAAUUUGAAGACAAGGAAUUAGGAAGAGCUCUCAUCAAUCAUCUGGUCUUAAUAGCAUGCAUAUUUUCAGACAUGACCAAGAUUCAUGAAAUAGCUUCAGAUGUUCUUGGAAAAGUUGGGCACUUUGAAAAUUCUGGUGUAUCAUCUGUCUCUAACAUGCUUGUAAUUAAUUGCCCUUCUGAAUCAGCAGAUGUUUUGAUUUCAUAUUUUAAUGUCAUUGUGGAUGAUUUAGAUUGGAAGUUCCAACGAUUGGAAAGUAUCAAGAAAGAGCUAGAUGGAUACGAAACCAUGAAACACAGCAUUUUUCAUCAAGCUGCUGUGUUAAUUGAUUCCAUUGAAAAGCUAGCGAGUGCAACUCUCCCAAUUGAAGUGAGUGACAAGCUCUUCACUCCACUCAUCAAGUAUUUUACCUUAAUUGCAUCAUUUACAGAUACAUAUUUAAACGCUCCCAAAGAUACAGAGCUGCCUGAAGAACUUGUGGACUUACUUGAUCAAUGUGGCCGUUUUACAAGCUCGUGCUAUUCAUUUAUUAAUUAUCAUAAUGGUGAGGAAGAGGUUUCCUCCAUGAAAGCUCUUAGAGAAGCAAGAAAUAUUCCAGAACUCGUCUUUAGAAUGGAAACGUCUGAAAAGAAUUUAAUUUUACUUUCCAAAAAUUUGAAUGUGAAUCUGUUGACAAAUUACAAACGUUCUCAGGUUCGAUCUUUCAUCAUUGACCAGCACAAGAUCGAUGUUGCUGGCGAAGAAAAGAAGAAGAAGAAAAAAUCAAAAAAGGAGGCGGAUGACGAUGAAAAUGAUGGUGACAACCAAGAGGAUGACAUGAAACCAAAGAAGAAAAAAUCAAAGAAAAAGAAAGCAGCAAAUAAUGAUAGUGAUGUCGACAUGGAGGAGCAAAAUGAGGAUGAGAACGAGUAUCGUGAGGCGAGAAAAUCUUCGAAAAAGAAAAAUCCAGCUACAAAACGAAAAUCUGCCGACUCCUCUACCACCAGUUCAAAGAAAAGUAAGGCGAAGUAA